AAGAUGGCGACGGUAGUGUGUAGAGUUCGAAAUUUGUCCUUGUUUCAAACACGAGUUUUGACUUGUUCUUUUUCUUCGUCUUCCGUUGUUUCCGGAAAGAAAAGUCGCGUUCCUUUCGACAAACGUUUCCCGGUGACGGCGAAAGAUGUACACAGACACAAGGAAGGCGGAAGCGUCGAGAUGGAACAAGCUGUCGCUAUGCAUAUUGUGCAGCCAUCCGGUUAUGUUGAUGAGAGAAACAAGCGUUUUACCACCGUGAAGGAAAUGAUUCCAGAGUUCGUUGUGCCAGAUCUGACCAAUUUUCAGCUAAAGCCCUACGUGUCAUACAAAGUGCCUGAAAUUCACCAGACCCGCUUUACGGCCCGAGACCUGUUUAACGCCUGCUACGCGGAAGAAGUCAGGAAGAGAUACGAUGAUUCCAGGGACUGAAACUUUUCAUCAAAGCGGAAUGACAAAACAUGGAUGUAUACUUUGGUGUGAAAUAAUGUGUCAGUGUUUACGAUAGUCUAUCUGUGUGUAUAUUCGUGUCAUUAAAGCAACGUUUUCAUUAUGCGAUUAGUCGCACUGACUUGUCACAUGCGAUCGAAUUGUACUGAUCAGGGCCACGUUCCACAAAGCGAUCUUGAUGCACUAAGGUGAUCUUAGUGCUAAGAUCGCUUCGUGGAACGGGGCCCUGGGCUUCUAGAAUUCUUAUAAAAAUCCACUAGCCAUGGGAUCAGUGAUUUUAAGAAUUUAUUACCCACGAUUGAAAAUUCACUAGCCCAACUUUAAGUAAAUAUAAUAGUACUAACAGAAUAAUUGGAUGUGACCUAAAGAAGGAGAUAGAGCUUCAAAAACAUUAGAUUUGGUGCAUGCAGGGCUGAGGGGGUGGGGGUAGAGAGGGCAGGAUAUUUAUAUUUACAAAAUAAUUACAUUAUAAAUGCAGCUUUGAAACCUUUUUAUUCUUCUUGGGCAUGGUGGUGGUAGUUAUUUACUAGCCAAACAUUGAAUAUCACUAGCCAUGGGAGUGGGGCUUUCACAGUCCAUAGUCCUGGAACAUCUGAAUCGGAUCAACUUAUAGUCUUAUACGUUCCGAGUUUUGAAGGGCCGACAAGUUGGUACGAUUAAUCGCAUAAUGAGAACGCCCCAUAAGUUGUAAACAUUUUGUUUUCAAAAAUUUUAUCCGCAACAAUUGUUAUCAAUUUGAACAUUGAUUAGGAACUACAUGCAGGCUUUCUGUCAGAAAAUAAUUUCCGGGUAGGUAAUAAAUACAGAACAGACCAAAAGUGCCCCUACUAAGUGUUCAUGGGUUUGAAAUGUUUUGAAAUUGCACAAUGCAUUUCACGGACUUUGGCAAAUUUUAAACAGCAGUUGUCUAACUAAUACAUUUUUUAAAAGUAUAUCCAUUAAUUUCCAAGAUGUUUUGUGUGCGUAAUUUUACCCUUCGGUACGUACCCACUGACAGAAUCCCAGACAUGUAGUAUUUAAUGUUACAGGAUGGUGUAACCAUCUCUAAAAUGUGUAGCAAAUCGCGACGCAAUUCUGAACAGAAUGUUCCCUGGUAAAUAUGUAUACAGAACUUCACAUAUGUUGUUUUCACUUCCUAUUUAUUGCGGGGUGGGAUGUAGCCCAGUUGUACAGUGCUCGCUCGAUGCACGGUCGGUCUGGGGUCGGUGAGCCCAUUGGGCUAUUUCU